AUGUCCGCUACACUGCACGCAGACACUCGCGACUUCUUAGACGUCGCACACGACGACGAGCUUCCGGGUUACGACGAGGCUGUGACAGCUCCUGCCUACGAUAACGGCGCUUACGACGAACCCCUCAUCAUCUACCGCCUUCGCCAGUAUGAUCGCAAGAUACAAAUACUCGCUGCUUACGAUGCGCCGGUCGCCUCGUCAUACAGAAUCACAACAAACAGCUUCCGCGUCUUCUCCAAGAAGCCAGAAAUGGAAGUGCUUUAUACAUCCCAGGAUAUGCGCCAGCGCAAUAUAGCUGCUCUAUUCUACGACAAUGACGGAGGGUUCCCGUGGCGGCCGCGCGCGCAUUUCGAUUACACUUCGGAGGAUGGCUUGCGUACGAGGUAUAAUAUGGAGUCGCUGAACUUUGAGGAUUGGAGUCUCGCAGUUGGAGACAAGACAUACAACUGGACAUUAGAAAUGCGACCGAUCGCAUUGAGUCUGCGCGAGAAAGGCUCUAACAGGGUCAUUGCGCGUUUUACGUUUUCAGACAAAGGUGUAUUGGCACUGAGAGGCGCUGAGGUCGGUGACUUGACUGUAUUUCGAGACGGACUAACAAUGGCGCCGGGUGGGAUUGAUCAAGUCCUCACCAACCACAACUUCGUGUUGAACAUACGCUCGACUCGCCUGACGCUGACAGCCUCAUUAAAAGCCGCCCAACUCUCCUCGAAUCUGGCUCUCAUGCAGAUCCUCACCCGGCAGGCUGCGAACCGCCUCUCGCCGCAGUCCGCCCUCAGUCGCUACUACACCGGAAAUACAUCAGAGGAGAACUGGUCCCGGGUCGAGGAAGACUACGAUGCCAUCUUCUCCGGUGACAUGCGGACCCGUGUGGCUAUCCAAGCCAAAAUAUACCCCUUCAACUCGUCCGAUCGCUCUGUCUUCAGUCGCACCGCAAACAGCAUGAUGGACGUCGUGCUGCCCAUACUCAAACCCGACGGACAGAAUGCGACCCUAGGCGACACCGAGUACGGCUUCAUCCCCGAACUCUACCCCAAGUUCUCUGUAGAGACUAUCCCAUACAAUGAAACCGACAACAUGUACAAGGCACACUACCAAGGCAGAACCAUCGACAACACCAGUUACCUCUUGUCCGGGCCGUACCACGUGAACCAAACACUCAGCCUGGUCUCAGUUACCAUACCCAUCAUCAACAACACGUCUAACAUUGAUACUCUAGGGUGGCUGACGGCUGUCUUGGAUGCAUCGCUCAUCACCAAUGUUGUCAACGCCAUAGAGGGUCUUGACAAGAGUGGUCUUACCCUGCUUUUCGGCCCGAACAAUGCCACUAAUACCUUCCCUGCCGAUUAUUUAUAUGAUGCUGUAAACCCUAGCGCUCCCGAGAACGUGGAGGUACGCUAUCUUGCCCCACCAACGCAGCGAGCAAAAGUACAGAGGCAUGGCCAAUACGAUACUGCUCUCAAUCCGCCGCCAUUCGACUGGACUCGAUAUCCCGCUGUACGGAAAGGCUUCACCAAGUCCACCGGUGCUACCAACAACGCAGGAAGCAUCAUCUCUACCCGAAACGAAGAUGGCGACGACGUUGCUAUUGGUUACGCUAUUGUCAACAGUCCUAUGGUCGAUUGGAUGGUCGUGGUAGAGCAGACUCACGAUGAAGUCUGGGGACCUAUCUACCAUCUCCGCAACGUUAUCAUCGCAUGUGUGUUUGGCACAAUGGGCGCUAUGUUAAUCCUCACAUUCCCUGUAGCCCACUUCUCCAGUCAGCCGAUCCGAAGACUCCGAGACGCCACUAAGAAAACUGUAGCGCCCCACAUGUUCGAGGAUGAUGACUUCAGCUCACAAAAUGACGGUGCCAAUGAUGACUCGGAAGACGGGGCACUUGCCCGCAAAGAAGGCUUCUUUGGUCAGAUCAUUCAUUACCGGAGAAACGCGAAACUCAACCGAGCAGAAAAGAAGGAAGCUGAAAGGCGAAGACAGUUCCGCAUCCCAAGUAAAGUCAAGGACCGCAAGCACUUUAUUCACGACGAACUCACAGACUUGACAACAACCUUCAACGAGAUGACGGAUGAGCUCAUGAUGCAGUAUGAGAAGCUGGAAGAGAGGGUAGCACAAAGAACAGCGGAGCUCGAACAAAGCAAAAAGGCGGCAGAGGCGGCAAAUGAAAGCAAGACAUUGUUCAUUGCCAACAUCUCGCACGAGUUGAAAACGCCACUCAAUGGUAUUCUGGGCAUGUGCGCAGUGUGCAUGUCGGAAGACGAUCCAAUCAAGCUGAGGAGAUCGCUAGGCAUAAUUUACAAGAGUGGAGAUUUGCUACUUAACCUACUGACAGACCUCUUAACAUUCAGCAAGAACCAGGUUGGCCAACAACUAAGUCUGGACGAGAAGGAGUUCCGGUUACGGGACAUCAGCUCCCAAGUCUUGGCCAUCUUCGAGAAGCAGGCUAAAGAGGGCGGUAUCAAGCUUGCCGUUGAAUUCGAGGGGCCAUACGAGAACAACCUAGACGACAACGGACGACCCAACGAGUUACGCGAUCUCGGACCUUUUGGACUAGGUCGGCUCAAAGAUAUGGUUUUGUACGGUGACCAGCACCGGAUACUUCAAGUGGUCAUCAACUUGGUAUCAAACAGUCUCAAGUUCACACCUCAGGGUGGUUCUGUCACGCUCACUAUCCGUUGUCCUGGAGAGGCCCAUAUGUCGGAUAGUCGCAAGGCAUCCCUACAAUCACGGCAAAGCUCAACGCGCAACUCAAAAAACCGCAUAAGAGCCUCUGCGUCGGAGGUAGGAUCCGUUUCGGUUACCACACCAGACCCCAACUACGGUACUGCCAAUGUCAUCAACGUCAUGGGCAAAGGGGACGCGUUCGCCCGCUACAUGGCACAAGAGCGAGCCGCAACACCGCCACCCGGACGAUGGUUGUCUUUCGAAUUUGAGGUUGAAGACACAGGUCCCGGUAUCCCCGAUAAUCUACAUGCUAAGAUCUUUGAGCCUUUCGUUCAGGGCGACUUGGGACUUAGCAAGAAAUUUGGAGGCACCGGUCUCGGUCUGAGUAUCUGCUCGCAACUCGCGGGCUUGAUGAAGGGUACAAUCGGUCUCAAGAGCGAGGUCGGUCACGGAAGUGUGUUCACUAUGGUAAUACCAUUGAAGCAUCUUACGAGUCGGGCCGACAGUACAGCAAGUUCAAGGAACGUCAACCUGGAAACCGGCACACCGCGCCGGAGUUUAUCGAUCGAUGAGCCGCCACGAGGCCGCUCACAUGACGACGCGCUUUCGGCCCGCUCGAUACAAUCCGCUACAAGUGGCCCGAUCGGUACCGGGAACACCGCUGCUAGUGCUCCAUCAGGACCAGUAGCAUUCGACAGCGAUAACCAACCCCGUCUUGUUGGUCUCAGUCAACCUUUCUUCGCUUCGAACACGCCAUUAGAAUCGCCAAACUCGCAGGUCGCGGCCAUGAAGCGGGUGGAAGCUGAAGCAACAAAACGAGGAGACAAAGUCAAGGUGCUCGUUGCGGAGGACAACAAGACCAACCAAGAGGUCGUACUGCGCAUGUUGAAGCUGGAAGAUGUGUACGAUGUGACUGUCGCGAAGGACGGUCAAGAAGCACUCGACAAGGUCAUGGAGAGUAUGGAACGUCAGGCUCCAUAUAAUCUCAUCUUCAUGGACGUCCAAAUGCCCAACCUGGAUGGUCUGCAAUCAACGCGACUCAUCCGACAGUCUGGCUUCUCAGCUCCCAUCGUCGCUCUGACAGCUUACGCGGAGGAGAGCAACGUGAAGGAAUGCCUCGACUCAGGCAUGGACUUCUUCCUCUCGAAACCCAUCCGCCGACCCGCCCUUAAACACGUCCUCAAAACAUACUGCCCCACGAUCCCCGAAGAAGAGUCGGAUACAACGCCUCCUAAUAGCGCGAUCCCCAAAUCACAAACAAACGGCGCAGCAGUGAACCCGGUACCUUCAGCGAACACUACAGCGCCCUUUACCAUCGUUUCGGGGACAAGUGAUAAUCGUCGUGCAGAUGAAUCGCCCGCUAUAUCACCCAUGUCCUCGCCUGCGGCGUAG